AUGCUGCUGCAGGUUGGUCGAAGUGCUCAUGGAUCACGCGCCGUCCCUGGUCCUUUCUACUCCAGUCUCCGCAGCAAGGAGCGCCAAGACCGCAGCAAGGAACUGAUGCUCGAUGAGUUUACCCCGCCCGAUUUGCCGAGAUACGCCAUCCUGUCGCACACCUGGGAGAAGGAGGAGGUCACGUUCCAGGAGUUCUCAAACAUAGACCUGGCCAAGAAGAAGGCUGGCUUCGCCAAGAUCAAGAAGACAUGUGAGCUGGCGACGGCCAAUAACCUCGACUAUGUCUGGGUGGACACGUGCUGCAUCGACAAGUCAUCCAGUGCCGAGCUCUCAGAGGCGAUCAACUCGAUGUUUGAGUGGUACAAACUGGCCACAGUUUGCUUUGCCUACCUGUCGGAUCUCCAGGUGAAUUCUUUAAACUCCCUGUGGGUUGACGAGGAGAAGAGAACGGUGUGCCGUUGGUUUCGGCGGGGCUGGACGCUGCAAGAGCUCCUGGCUCCCGCUCGACUGGAAUUUUAUGACAGUGGGUGGAAUUACAAGGGCCUCAAGACAGAUCCAGGGGUGAUGAAGCAACUAUUCCCAAUGACUGGGAUCCGCAAUCAGAAGGUGUUCCGUAAUAGUGACGCAAUUCAGGAGAUUGCCGUGGGAGAAAGGAUGUCGUGGGCCUCAAAUCGAGAGACCAAAAGACUUGAAGACAUCGCGUAUUGUCUACUUGGAAUCUUUCAAGUCAACAUGCCUAUGCUGUACGGAGAGGGCAUGCGUGCUUUUCAGCGCUUGCAGGAGGAGAUCAUCAAAACCAGUACCGAUAUGUCCUUGUUCUGCUGGAGGGCAAAGCGCGGCGACACGCGAUACCGCGGUCUCCUGGCAGAUUCACCUCGCGAAUUUGCCUCAUACUACAGGACCGCUUUGGACUCUCGAAAGUCUAUCAGUUGGGCCUCGGUCGGAUCAGAGAAAGAAUUCGCGGUUACAAACAAAGGCAUUCGCAUCGAUGCCGAGCUUGUCAGCACCCCUCACGGACCGGGAGGUCAGAUAGUCAAGGCAUUAAGAUGCAAUCUACGACCUGAUGACUAUGUCGUGCUCAUUCCCAUUCGGCAUUUCCGGGACAACGUGUACAUCAGAGAAACGCCACAUAUGAUAGUCUCUUCCGACUCAGCCGAGGUGGAAAACAAGCUGAUUUAUAUAGCUAAAACCGUGGACCGACGGAUGGACCAAGAUUUGGCCCAGCACAUGGACUUGAGACUAUCCUUCGUCAUUUCCCCUAUACCCCCGGCUUUCCGAAUUGUGCCGGUGAGGUGCUGGCCAGCGGUCCAAUGGCGAGAAGGGCCGCAGCACUUCCAACUCACAAGUGCCAAGAUAUGUACCUGCAUCGUCGUCUACCGGUUGACCCAUAACAACGAGACAAGGGGAGAGUUCGCCGCGAUCUGCCAGAGGAAUGCUUCGGCAACCCAGUCACUACGCUAUGCCUUGGUCAGCAUGAGCGAGAUAGGACACCUCUUUGAGAUGUUGGAGGAAAGUACUGAGAAGAAUAUUGCUGCUCUGUCGUCGAUGGAAAAGUUCAUCAUUACUGGGAGACAGACUGUCGACGUCGAGUCCGAAGGCAGAACGUUCAAUGUGUUUCUCUCCAAGUUUGCGCCCGAUGACGAACAACGACUUAACACGCUAUACAUCUCGAUAGCUUCAACAGCAGAGGCCCUCUAUGCAUCUAGUAAAGCAAAGGAUAUAGACCCCCCUAUUGGAGGAGUGAAAAGGUCGAAGAACCUGGAGGACACGAAGGAUAUUGCCAAAGUCAGAAGGAAAGUAAUCGCAGUUGAUACGAAGAAAGACGCCGUGAAAUAG